UUAUUUGUUAAAAAUCUUUAAACAAGUAUUGAUAGACUUGGAGUAAUCAAUAAGAUGUCUGUUAUUUUAUCAAUUAUUCGGUGUUGUUGUCCGUGUUUUUACCAAAAAGAUAAACAAAAGCCGACAAAAAAAGUGCAUAAAAUGGAAGAGUCGACCGAUGCGUCUAAUUGUAGUGAAAGCAAAACUUCAAUCACUAACGAUGGCAUUGAAAUCCCUGAGUUCGUGAUUCCCGAUAAUUAUCAAACAGUUGAAGAAUGUCUUAACGCUAAUAAUAUGAAACUUCUGGAUGUAUUGGGUGAGGGAGCCUUUGGCAGUGUUUAUCGUAUGGAAGACACCAAAAAUCAUGAGAUUAAAGCCUGUAAGACAUUGAAAAUCGGAGGAAAACAUCGAAGUAACCAACUCUACGAAAAUAUUAGAUCAGAGCUGAGAAUUAUGAUUGAUUGCAAAGAUAAACAUAAAAACAUAAUUAAAGUCUACGAUUGGUUCAUAAUUCGUGAUACAAAUAUGGAUCUUCAGAAAUGCUAUAUAACUAUGGAUUUGGCUAAUGGAGGAACUGUUCUCAAUAUGAUGAACACUGGAGUCAGAAAAACAGGUCAAAAGUAUUUGAAGAAACUCAAUGAAAAUAAAGCAAAACAUUAUUUCAGACAAACCACAGAAGGAUUAGACUUUUUGCACUCAAACCAAAUCGCUCACAAAGAUCUCAAACUGCAGAAUAUUCUUGUUUUUAUUGACAACAACAACAACACUGAAACCAUUAAACUUACGGACUUUGGAUUAAGUGGUAAACGAUUUAGCAAUAAAAGAAAACAAAUACUUAAAGACAAAGAAGACGUGGGAACUCUUGAAUAUAUGUCACCACAAGUCGUCAAACUAUAUAUUUAUAACCAGUUUAACCAUAAAGUCGGCAAAAUUAAAGAAUACGAUUCAUUUAAAGCCGAUUGUUGGGCACUCGGAGUCUGUCUCUAUGUUAUGAUUUGCAUUCAAUUACCGUUUACUUGUAUUGAAACCAAUCUUGAAUCCGUCACUAAAAUGCACGCAGAAAUGGUUAACAGAAACAUCAAAAACAAAGUAUCCAAAAUCUCGUCAACAAAUUAUUCAAAUGAUUGUCGGGAUCUUAUACUACAACUUCUUGAACCGGAUCCAAGCUUAAGACUUACCACUAAACUUGUAUUGAAACAUAAGUGGCUUUUAGAAAAGGACAGUUAG